AUGCCUGUCUUCGAAUUUAAUUUUAUUGCCUUCCCCGAGAAGUACCUCAAUAAGCCCGGCUUUAUUGUGCGGUGGGUUGUGAUGCCGUAUCAGAGCACAGCGAUUGCGCGACCCUCCCCCCAGAAAAGGACCUGGUUUUUCGCUCUUCACCACAACUACACUUUUGUGCUUUACCUUCAUGCAAAGUUGUUCUACAUAAGUGCAUAUCCAGAGCUUUUUAAAUGCUUUCUCGCCUCCUUGAGUGCCAGUAAAGUUGCAGCUUUGUUGAGCCUUUGGUUUUCCAUGGCCCGAGGUUGCCUAAAUCUUCAUGUCGGAGAGACUGCCAUCGUUAUCGGUGUUGCUGAUAAGCAAACUGGUCUUCGGGAGCGCGAUGACCUUGUGUCUUCAAGCCUAUCAGGUAUCAGGCCAUCUUAA